AUGUUGUACAAUAUGAAACGUACCUCCCUUCUUGCUCUUCUGUUUCGCAUUGAUCCCGCGAUCGCUGUUCCCCACCCUACCCAACCAGCUCCGAAUGGCCAACCUGACUAUGUGAUUAUUGGAGGUGGCCCGGCAGGAUUCGUUCUUGCGGAACAGCUCUCCAAGAAUCCCAAAGUCAAUGUUGUCCUUCUCGAAGCUGGUCCCGACACUGCUGGAGUUGAAAACAUAGACGACCCAGGUCUCGCACCACUUCUUUUGCAAACCCCAUACACUUGGAACUACACAUGCCAGCCAGAUCCGAAUCUGAAUGGCGUUGCGCCCUACCUCCAUCAGGGCCGCGGCUUUGGAGGUGGCUCUGCGGUCAAUUAUCUUGGUCACUGCCGUGGUUCACCUUCAGUUUUUGAUGAAUGGGCCAAAAUCAGUAAAGACGAUGGUCUGAAGUGGAAGAACUUUGAGAAUGACUACAAGUCUGUAGCCUAUUACAAGGAGACACCUCUGGACUAUGACCCGCACGUCAACAAGAGCGCCUACGGCAACGGACCAAUUGAAUUCACGUCUCCAUCAGAGAACCUCGGAUUCGUCCUGAGCCUCAUCGAAUCAUGGAAAAAUGUUCUCAAACUUCCCCAGGUUGAUCUUAACGAUGGAACUGGUGUUGGAAUUUCCACUGGUUUGACCGGCAUUCGCGCGUCAAACCACACUCGAGUCUUUGCCUCGCAAGCAUAUGGGUGGCCAAUGAAUGGACGACCCAAUGCAAGACAACUACACGAUGCUGAAGUGACCAAGAUUGGAUUUGAGGGGAAGCGCGCAGUAUCGGUCACAUACGUCAACCCUAUCACUAAUGCCACUACUACCCUCCGACCCAAAGAAAUUAUCGUAGCCGCCGGCGCCCUUGGCAGCCCAAAGCUAUUGAUGCUUUCCGGCGUCGGACCAGCUGAACAGCUCAAGUCUCACGGCAUUCCUGUCGUUGCGGAUAUUCCCCAGAUCGGCAAGAACCUCUUUGAUCACCACUUCGCAUGGAUGGAGUUCGAGGUUCCUCCCAGCGUUGAAACACUCUGGCAAUACACACUGAACGCAACCUUCAAAGACAAGGCCGCUGCGGACUUCAAUACAGAGGGCAAAGGCCCGCUUGGCGUACCCAACGGCGCUGCUUUCGCAGUAUCCCGAAUUCCUAAUGAGGCAUUUAGUGGUGUGAACUCUACCUUCCAUACCUCCCUCCCCGCCGACCGCGGACAUUUGCUCUUCCAGUACUCGAGCUCUACGCUGCGCAGCAACGGUCCGAACGUGAGCACCAUAUCGCCUUUCGUGGCUGUUAUCCAGCCCGAGGCUGCAGGAUACAUGGAGCUUGCGUCGAGCAAUUAUCGCGACCAGCCGCUUAUUCACCCCAACUACUACGGCUCAGAGAGUAAUUUUGCGAUGGCUACUAACGUCCUUGCAGGCGACAAAGCAGCAAUCCUCUACGGCUACAAGCAACUCCGCAAAGUCGUCACUGACCCCGCGCUUUCUCCCGUCUUGCUCAAGGAAGUCUAUCCUGGCGCUAAUGUCACGUCUGAUGAGGACCUUUGGAAAGCUAUUCAGAACGCUUCGCUGACUUUCCACCACCCUCUUGGUACCGUCGCCUUGGGUACUGUCGUUGAGGGCAAGACGUGGCGCAUCAAAGGCCUACAGGGUAUUCGCGUUAUUGAUAGCUCCACGUUUCCCAGUAUGCCGACGUGCCACACUAUGCAUACGGUGUAUGCCUACGCAUAUCAUGCUGCGCAGUUGAUCAAGAAACAGGACAAGUUCUGA